AUGUAUCGCUUAUCCAUCCAGUCCAAGCUCCCUUCCCAAAGACUCCGACAACUCUCGACGACUGCAGCCAGACGGAAUGGUGCUACGCAAGCGAAACAACCCAAGGUCCUCUUCACGCCUGCCCCGCCGCCACCCACUGCCCUUGGCCGAUAUCGCUAUCUCUCUCCACUCGCGUCCGUCACAGUGUCCCCGCUAUGCCUAGGCGCCAUGAGCAUCGGCGACAAGUGGGCAGAGUAUGGGUACGGUGCAAUGAACAAAGAGACGAGCUUCAAGCUGCUAGACGCUUACUUUGACAAUGGAGGAAACUUCAUCGAUACGGCGAACAACUACCAAGACGAGACGUCAGAGAUGUUCAUCGGCGAAUGGGCCGAGCAGCGCGGCAUCCGCGACCAACUUGUCAUCGCAACCAAGUACUCAACAAUGUACAAACGCGGCAACGACGCCAUCGCCCAAAAAGUUCUCUACGGCGGGAAUCACGUCAAGUCAAUGUACACCUCCGUGCACGAAUCCCUUAAGAAACUCCGCACCUCCUACCUCGACAUCCUGUACGUACACUUCUGGGACUACAACACCUCCGUCGAGGAGGUCAUGAACGGGCUGCACAACCUCGUGCAGCAGGGCAAGGUGCUGUACCUCGGCAUCAGCGACGCGCCCGCAUGGGUUGUCGCGAAGGCGAACCAGUACGCGCGCGACCACGGCAAGACGCCGUUCGUGGUGUACCAGGGCGCGUGGAAUGUGAUGCAGCGUGACCUUGAGCGGGAGAUUAUCCCCAUGUGCCGCUCAGAAGGUCUUGCGAUCACCCCUUGGAACGUCCUCGCUGGUGGACACAUCCGCACGGACGCCGAGGAAGAGGCGCGCCGGCAGAGCGGCGAGAAGGGACGGCAGACGUGGCGCGGCGACUGGGAGCGCAACGAGCGCGAGAAGCUCGUCUGCCAGGCGCUCGAGGACGUCGCGAACGCGACCGGCGCGAAGAGCAUCCAGGCUGUGGCGAUCGCAUACGUGAUGCAGAAGACGCCGUACGUCUUCCCCCUAAUCGGCGGGCGCAAGGUCGAGCACCUCCUCGCGAACAUCGCCGCGCUGGACGUGGCGCUCGCGCCCGAGCACAUUGCAAAGAUCGAGAGCGUCGUGCCGUUCGACCUCGGCUUCCCGGGGAACAUUAUCGGCAAUGGAACCGCGAAUAUGCUCGCGAUGAUGACGGUGGGCACGUUUGAUCGGCAGCCGCUGCCGCCUCCCAUUCGGCCAGCGCCCAAGCCCAAGGCGCAGUAGUCGGUGCAUAUCGUGAUGUGUGCGCCGUUGCAUAGAUCGUCGGCACAGCAUGCUUUGGAUACUUCUUUAUAAUGGCACAGUACUAUUUAUUCCCAUCUGUAUAUGAAUCCGUACGCGGUAUCAAUCCAGAACACGAGAUAUCAGUCCAUAAAA